GAAGUUAGGCUCGUAGGAGGUGGAAGUUUGACAGCUGAAGCACCACCUCGCGCCUUCCAGGACCUCAAAUUACACAGACCUUCCUGCAUCUCUCCGGCCAGCUUGACAGGAUCUAGCAUAGGAUAUAUCUUAACAACGAGGACAGCCACAAGCAGCCUACAUCCUCAGGGAUCUAGAGGCUUGAAGUAAACACACAACAAUGGAGAAAAUGGAGUACAGUAGUAACCAGAACAAUGUGCAGUUCAUCCGUCACAAAGCCAGAGACAGCUGCCAUGCUCUGAGAUUAAAGAAACGUACUUUGGCAGUUGAUGUGCGUCGCCAGCGCCUAGAAGAAGUAGUCAAGAAGCUCAAGGCUCCCAAUGGAGAAGAGUUUACACAGUUAUGUUGUCAACUGAAGAAGCAAAAGGAACUCGAUGUUUUAAAAAAGUUGCGCCUUGGUCUUGGAAGCAAUGUGGAGAACAUUUCCCUUUUCCUCAACUGCCAGGGAACCAUGUACUCACUGGUUGGAUGUCUCACAGGACAGGAUGGGAUUCAGCAGAGGGAGGCAGCAUGCGCUUUGGUCAACUUGGCUUUAGGCAAUGAAAAACAGUGUUUGGACAUAUGCCAGCAAGUGGGUGUCUACUUAAUCCUCCAUCUAGGCAACAGUAAUGCAGAUGUGCAGGAUCCAUGUGCAUGGUGUAUUGGCAACCUGUGCGGGGACCACAAGGAUGUGUGUCUGCUGCUUGCCUCCCAGGGAGUCGAGGAAGCCCUGCUGAAAGCCCUCAACUCCCAUACUCCUCAUGUUAUUCAGUCUGUGGCCUAUGCUCUGACCCACUACCUUACCACUCUUAAUGAUAGGAUCAGAAUAUUGUCAGAACCCCAAGUUGUGCGACGCCUUAUUGAUGCUCUGAGCCUCACUGAAGGGUUGCCUGAGGUUGGCUGGUGUCUGUUUGUGUCAUCUAUGGAGCAGGAAGUAUGUCAGUUGCUGGUGGAUCAAGGCAUAAUAGGAACUGGUUUUAAUCUCCUGGAGAAACUAGUCAAUGAACAGAACCUCAAUGUGCUUGCUGCUACUCCCAUCGUGCGUGUGUUGAUGAACUGCGCCGCAUCUGUACCGGGAACUGCCCUUCAGAUAUGUUACCGUAAUGAACAGUUUGUGCAGGUGACGAGAGCGCUCCUGUACUCCUCCACUCCUCACCUACAGACAGAGACUGUACACUUCCUUGCCAACGUUCUGAACGCUGCCUCGGCUGAAUCAUUGACAGGGCAGUGCGUUGUGGAAGAUCUGAGCCUCCGGCCACGACUCGAGCCUGCCCUGCGGCGCGCCCUGGCUGCUCACUUCACACUCGAUCAGCAAGACCCACAUCUUAACUUUACAGAGGUGUCGUGAUGACCUUAACUUUUGUUCACGAUUAGGGAUUUACGUGUACAGUUGGUAGUUUAAGUAAUAAUUGACUAUCAUUAGAUUGUGAUGGUUUGAGAAAUAAAUAAGUAAGUGCCUUUA